AUGCACAAUAAAGAUUAUGAUCUUGAUGAGGAAGAUAAUUACAGAAAACAGAGAAAUACUUCAAUAAUGAGGACAGACUGUAAAGCUAUGAUACGUGUAGCUAUCGAUGGAAGAUUUCAGAUAUGGUAUAUUAAUGAGUUUAUAGAAGAUCACAAUCAUGUUAUGGUUUCUCCUAAGAAGAUAAUGCUCAUGAGAUCAAACAAACAUAUGCCCCUUGAAUCUAAAAGCUUAGCAGAGGCAUUUAACAAAAGCAAAAUUCAUGUUGGUAAAGUUGUUUCGUUAUUUGGGCAAAGAGAAAGUACUGGGUUUGAUACUAGAGAUGUUUAUAAUCAUUUAAGGAAUGUCAGAAAAUCUUUGUUGGAUGUUGGAGAUGCAGCAGCAUUGGUUAACUACUUUAGAAGAAGAACACUUGAAAAUCCAAGUUUUUACUAUGCAUUUCAAGUUGAUGAAGAAGGAAGGGCAACAAAUGUAUGGGUGGAUGCACGUUCGUGGAUAGCAUAUAUCCGCUUUGGAGAUGCUGUCACUUUUGAUACCACAUACAAAACUAACAAAUAUAGUAUGCUUUUUGCUCCUUUCACGGGUACUAAUCAUCACCGACAAUCUAUAACAUUUGGAUUUGCAUGGCUAGGAAAUGAGAGACGAAGACACAUUUACCUGGUUGUUUAUGACAUGGCUUGA